AUGGUUCUCCGGGGUGGGGUGGGGGGUGGGUGCUCGGGAGCUCUAGUGAGCCUGUCCAACCUUCGAGACCGCGUCAUUGAACAAAUGAGUGUGGUAAUCCGAGGCGGGGAAAUCCCUUUUCUCCCACGUCACGAGCUCAACAAGGUAGUGGCUGAGAAACUGGGCGUUCCACUCCUACUCAAUUCCACUGCCAGAGGUCUUGCAGCUGCUGCCCCUAACGCUGAGGACCAAGCACAACAGCUUGAGGCUCGCGCCGCAGUCAACCCAGACUUACAUCAGACAGCCGCUGCCGCCAGGGGUACAACAGCAACCAGACGCCAGCACGCCAACCGGGCUCGGGAUGCUGCAGGGGUGGAGAGAGCCGCCGUUGAGGCAGCUCCGGCGCCCGUGGUCAAUGCCCAGGCCUAG